AUAGUAUGAAGAAUUCAGUACUCAAAGUUCCGGUCAAUACUAAUAUAUCUUUUCGGGUGAUAUGAGAAAUUCCGGUACAAGGUAUGAAUAAAAAAGUAAUAACAUUCUUCACAACAAAAUGUGUUACCUGCCCUGCAGACAGCGUGGUCUAUUUGUGUCAGUACAUUUUGGUGACAACAAAACGCAAUUCAAAAGGAAGGGCUGUACCCAGUGCAUUAACCAACAUCAUCUCUGCUAAUAAAGGCAUUAUAAAGUAGAGAGUGUUAGCUAAUUGAGAGACACUUAGUUUAGUUGCAUAUUUUCAUUAUUUAUUUAUGUUAAUUUUUUUCUUUCCUCACUAGUUUUAUCUGUUAAUCUUUAUUAUCGUGGCAUAGGUACUACGAAUUGAGAGUGUUUCAACAUCAUACAAAUGGAUACAGUACUGGCUCCAACUACUUCGACUGGCUCGAUAGUAUUGGGUUGCUCGGUAGCUAUUAUAUCAUCAUGUAUACAAUCAUUGGGAAUAACUUUACAACGGAAGUCGCAUCUAUUGAAGAUGUCUGUAGGCGGUAGGUCAAGAGCCAAUACUCAUACUCAUACUCCAGGAUUGCAAAUUAUUCAACAACAACAACAACAACAACAAAUUCAUUAUCAUAAUCAUAAUUAUUCCCUGCAUCAUCAAUAUCAAAGAUAUAAACGUAAUAUGUGGCUAUUUGGAUUCAUGUUAUUCAUAGUAGCUAAUGUAUUAGGAUCAUUAAUUCAAAUUACUACUUUACCAUUAAUUAUACUAUCUCCAUUACAAAGUAUAGGAUUAAUUUUCAAUUCAAUACUAAGUUGUCUUCUACUUCCAGGAGAAACAUUUACAAGAAAAUUAGGAGUAGGUACAAUUACUAUCGCUAUAGGAGCAUUCACAAUUGCAUAUAAUGGGAAUUCAACACCAAUUGAAGAUCCUCAUCCUCCCAAAGAUAUUGAUGAAAGAUUUAAUUUAGUAAUGUCUAAGUUAUUAAGUGGAUCAUUUUUACUGUGGUUUAUAACAACAUUUAUUAUGAUAACCAUAUUAUUAGUGUUUAAUUAUGCAUACUUGGAUAAAAAAUUAGCUAAAUAUAAUGAUAGAAAGAGUCUUAGCUUAAGUAAAGAUAAAUUAGUUGGUAGAAAUAAGUAUCAAUUCAUUAAGGGAUUUAAUUAUGGUAUAAUAAGUGGUACAUUAACAGCCCAUACAUUUUUAUUUGCCAAAUCAAUUAUUGAUGUUAUUGUGGAAACAAUAUUGAAUAAACAGUCUAAAAUACUUCCUAUUACAAAUGCUGCACCUUAUCUUUUAUUGGUGUUUAUGCUUGCAACUAUUGGAUUUCAAUUAACUGCAUUUAACUUGGGUUUAGCCCAAAUAUCAACUUCAAUAUUGUAUCCAUUAUGCUUUUUGGUUUAUAAUCUAAUCAAUUUAAUUAACGAUAUAAUCUUCAAUUCUUUAUUGCUGAAGCAUAUAAUCACUAUAAACCAAUUUGUGUGGAUCAUAAUUGGUUUGGUAUUUGUACUAUUUGGUGUGAUUAUUAUAAGUUGGGAUAGUGCAUUUGGUAAAGUAAAUGAAGAUAAUAAUGUUAUUUAUCAAGAUCAAACAAUAGAACAAGAUGAAGAUGCAUUUAUAUACCAAAAAUUCCCAUAUAAUCAACAGCUCCUGCCGCUGUACGACCAUAUUAAUGAACAUACAGAACUAUUAAGAAGUCCAAGUACAAAUAAAUCUGCUACUUUUAAACAAUAUUCCACUAUAGAUUCGACUGAUUCGAGACUCUCGUCUAGUACGGCUUACACCAACACUAACUUCAGUUCUCUUGCUACAACAGAAGAACCUUCAAAUGUGAUUCUAGAAUCUGAUCAAGCUGGUAGUAUACAUUCUCCUCGUGUGACCACUCCUAAACGUAUUCUCUCAUUUGAACAAAGUCAAUUAUUGAAUCUGUUAGAUGUAUAGUUAAUAAUAGUAAUAGUAAUAGUAAUAGUAAUAGUAAAAUAUACUUUUUCCUGCAUACACGGUAUGUUACCACAAAGAACGAAAAAUUAUAUAGUAAGUUUUCGUAUUA